AUGCGACGUGUGUCAUCCAACCCUGUCCGGGCACCUGCUGUGGGAGGAGCGUGUGGAUGGACAUAUAGACGGGCCAAAUAAAUAAACAAACGACAGGGGGAAGGAGAAAAGGAAAUUCCCUACUGUCGUUUCAUCUUCUCGAGCAUCUUGCGCUCUGCGGUGCUGGCGACGCCACCGGGGGGAGCGGUGCGUAUUUUCUGCGGGUCCGAGAAGAAGAGCACGGGAUCUGAAUUAUCAUUUCGGAGCCUCUAUUAUAGAGACGGAGACGCUGUAUCCAACAGGAUUUUUUAUAAUCAUUUUUAAGCUUAAUGUCGCUGCUUUUAAAAGAGGAGACAGCCAAACCCGACGCGCGCUGCAAACAGGAUAUUUAAAUGACCUACUAAGUGUUAAUUUACAUUUAAAAACACACUUACAGCCAUCAAAGAAGCUGCUUUUGCGCAGGAUUUUUCUAUUGGCCUAUUUUUCAAAUAACCGCUGUGGGGUGAGAGAAUAGCGUUCGCCGCCUGUCGCGUGUUACAUAACCCAGUGGCUUUAGCUGUCCGCGGUGCUGAAGUGAACGCUCGGAGCCUGAACGGGACGAGCCGCCGGGAAUUCACAACCUUGCAAGGUCACGGGCCUGUGAGCGAGGGAGGAGGACCGCGCAGGAUCCACGCUCCGACACGCCGCCGGGCUUUUGGUCCCAUUUUUAUACAUCAUCCUAGACCCAGAUAGGUUCCCGAGGUGGUCGGUGAGACGGAGAGAAAAUGUCGGGGCAGACGCUCACGGAUCGCAUUGCCGCUGCGCAAUACCAGCUAACGGGAUCAGACAUGGCCCGGGCUGUCUGCAAAGCCACUACUCAUGAAGUGAUGGCGCCCAAGAAAAAGCACCUGGAGUACCUGGUGUCAGCCACCAACACCACCAACGUGAACAUCCCUCAGAUGGCCGACACGCUGUUCGAGCGCUCCACCAAUGCCAGCUGGGUGGUCGUCUUCAAGGCCCUCGUCACCACGCAUCACAUGUGUGUCUACGGCAACGAGAGAUUCAUUCAGUACUUGGCUUCCAGGACCUCGCUGUUCAACCUCAGCAACUUUAUCGACAAAACUGGCUCUCAUGGCUACGACAUGUCCACGUUCAUUAGACGGUAUGGACGAUAUUUGAACGAGAAGGCCUUUGCCUAUCGCCAGAUGGCGUUUGACUUCACCAGAGUCAAGAAGGGGGCCGAGGGUGUGAUGAGGACCAUGACCACUGAGAAGCUGUUGAAAGGCAUGCCCGUCCUGCAGACUCAGAUCGACACUCUGCUGGAGUUUGACGUUCAUCCCAAAGAGCUGAACAAUGGGAUCAUCAACGCUGCGUUCAUGCUCCUCUUCAAGGAUCUGGUCAAACUGUUUGCUUCAUACAAUGAUGGCGUUAUCAACCUAUUAGAAAAAUACUUCAAGAUGAAGAAGAGUGACUGCAAGGACGCCUUAGAGAUCUACAAGAGGUUUCUGACCAGGGUGACAAAGAUCGGGGAGUUCAUGAAGCUGGCUGAGACGGUUGGAGUUGACAAAAACGACAUCCCUGACAUCAAUUACGCCCCCAGCAGCAUCCUGGAGUCCCUGGAAACACACAUGAACGGUCUGGAGGAUACGAAGGGUGGAAAGAAGGGGUCUCCAACAAAGGGAUCCCCGACCAACAACGUGUCUCCGACAUCGACUCCGGCCAAAUCUUCCAACGCCGUUCCCGCGCUGCAGCCUCCUCCUGGGGAGAACGCCGCCGCCGCCGCCGCCGCUGCCGAGCCGGCCGAAGACUCUUUGUUGGACCUGGACCCGCUGGCCUCCUCGGGUCCCUCCGUACCAUCCGCCGGCACCACGUCUUGGGGCGACCUUCUUGGAUCGGAAAUGGCCGAUUUCUUGCAAGCCGAACCCGCCCUCACAGCAGAACCCGCCCCUUCCCCUACAGCAGCCACACCCACGCCUGCAGCGGCAGAACCCGGGGCCUCCCUAGCCCCUCCCACUAGCACAGCGGCCACCGCCUCCCCUGGCGCCGCCAAUAUGGAUCUGUUGGGAGACGCUUUUGCGACUCCGGCUCCCGCCGCUGAAGCCUCUGCAGCAGCGGCUGAGGGUGGCGCCGCCACGGCCGCGCAGGCCGCCACUGCUGGAGCUGAGUCCACGGGAGGAGACGCCCCAGCGGCCGCCGCUCCUGCUGCCCCCGGCGCCGAGCUCAUGUCAGUAUUUGAUGGACUAGGGGAUGUAAUGAAGCCCACUGCUACCGCUCAAGCAGGUGAUGUCGAUGCAUCCAUGGCUAACAUGGCAAGUAAUCUCACAAUGGGAACUCCAGCAGCUCCUCAGGUAGCUGCCCCCAGUUGGGGCGCUCCCAUGACCUUGCCCAUGGGUGUCCCUCCUUUCAUGGGGGCUUACCCCAGCUUCGGCAUGCCCGGGGCACCGGGUGUUGGAGCUCCCGUGAUGCCGAUGGCGAGGCCGGGCUUCACUGCCGCCGGGGCGGCCCCCGGAGCACCGAUGUCCCCUGGAGCGGGCCAGAGCCCCAGGAAGCCCCCGCCCCCCAGGAACGCUCUGGAUGACCUCAACAUUAAGGAUUUCAUGUAAAUUGAGUUGUAAACACCCGAGGUACUUCAUCAUGUCUGGAGCUCUGUGGAUGUGGAUGUCUGCACUCCCCCACUGCCUCCCCCCAUUCAUGCCCCGGCCCCUCCGCCAACCAGCCAUCACAUCUAUGACCUUUGACCCCUGACCUCCCAGCGUAAAAUAACCUGCCCUCCUUAUCUAAUGUCGUAGCACAACUGUGAAUGUGAACCCUAGAUACAGAAAACAAACUUCAGUUUAUGUGUGUGUGGGCGUGUGUGUAAUUCAGUGUUAACCUUUACUUAAUAUACUACAAAAAAAUAAACAAAAAAACAAACAAAUAAAUGUGUAUUUAGAUUCAUUCUGAUAUUUCUGCAUAUCAGCUGACUUGGAACGGUGGAUAAAUGUUGGUUCCUUUGCGCAUCUCCCAGACAAGGACUGUGUUGUUAAAUGUGGACUGUGUUCAGUGUGUGUAAAAAUCACUGGCCAACCCCCCACUCCCACCCCCCACCCACACUCUUCUCUCACUGUCGUCCAAACUAAUACUGAGCUAUGUUUAUGUCACUGGGGCCCUGGUUGUACCUAUAUCUGCUUGGCCAUCCAUCCUCCCUCUUGUCUACUUCAGAUUUUGGAGAACAAUUCUUGAUCAAAAUGUACUUUAAAAACAACUUGCACUGCGAAUCAGGACGUAUCAUGGAACACACUCAAUGGUGUUCACUUUAGUUUUUACUUUUAUCUUUUUUUAUGGAUUGUAUGAACAUUUGAAACUUAUGGACUGUGUUCAAACUGACAUAUGCAUUUUAGACUAUUUUCAAUGAGAGAUUAUACAUAUUUUCUUUAAGCUUCACUUGGAAAAAUGUACCAUAUAUUUUUAGUUACGUCAAAGUAUAUGAUUCAAACACAGCAAGUAGACUCAUAACCUCCCUCCUCUUUGUACAUACCUGUCAAGCUGUAACCAGACGCAGUAUUGAAUGGUUUACUGUUGUGCCCUCAGCUGGUGUGGAGUGGUAACUGCAUCGUAGCAUGCGACAUACUGUACAGGGGUGCGUUCUGCAAUCCCUUCAAAUUCUCGUUUCUUUGUCCAAGUCUCCACAUAGCAUGAUCAAUGUCAGGUGGAAACCUAGAAGACAAAGAGGCAUCGGUGUUUGUGGUUGGACAGUGGCCUCCAGUCUUGUUUGGCUAAUUUGUGAUGCAGCAGUGGUUUGUACAUUUGUUCAUGUACUGUCGCUGUAGCUCUUGGGACUAGUGAUGGUUCAGCCUUGGGGACUCACUGUAAAGCACUCAAGUAUACGUUGGAUGUUCUGUGUACUGUUUAUUUUAUGAAAGUGACUGUAUCUUAAUCCGUUGUGGCAUUAACAAAGUGUUGAACGAAAAAUAAAGACGACUAUGACGCAGAAAAGCCCAAAUAAUGUGGAUAAAUAAUGUUGCUACGUAUUCAUGAAGGCUGUGGUGAUUUUUGUUUGUUUGUUUGUUUGUUUUCUUUUUGGGUUAUAAUGGACGGCAUCAACCCCCCUUCCUCACCCCUCCUGCAUGUGAGUCUAAAUGAGAUGCAAUAAAAGAAAAAAUACACUGAUCCAAACUA